AUGGCCGCCAUGCUCCGGAGCAGCGCCGUUCUCCGAUCGCUGGUGGCGGUGCGCCGGAGCAGCACCUUGCGCCAGCCGUUGCACCGCCGGCCCUUGAGCCAGCGAGUCCCCGAGCGGCUGGGACAUGAAGACCUGGGUUUGCCCAUGGAGUUCAUCUCCGAGCAGCUUGAGACAAGGGCUGGGCUUAGCGACCAAGGGCAUGGGAAAAUGAUGGAGCAAUUGAACACCCCAAAAGAGGGCCCCGUGGGGAUCUUGAGGCAUUGGGAGGAUCUGACCCCAGCUGCUAACGCACCGAAAAAGCGCGCGGCAGUGAAGGUCGAGGGGAAGGAAGAGGAGACAGAGAGUCAGAAAUGGGAGAGGGUAAGAAUGUUGAUCCAAAAACAUUUGGAGGAGAACCCCAUGCCGAUGAGCCCAGUGAGGGCCUACUACGUUUUGUGGAGGGAUCUCUUUGAGAUCAUGGAGGAGAAAGAUGCGCCGAAACCGGGGGAAAAGCAUGACCUUCCCAGCGGUCGCGGUCGGCGCCGCUUGGGCGCUGCUGGGGCACCAAAGGAGACCAAGAGUUCCAGUGGCAGGAGGUCUGCCAAACAGAGCAGCAAGUUGGCGCUGGCACUUCAGAGACUGCAAAGUCAACAAAGUUCAGGAACUGAGGCAGUUGCAAUCAAACCAGAAGAGGCAGCAGCGGACAAGAGCCAAGACCCUGCCCUGAAGGAGGCAGCUGAGACAAAGCCUGAAGAGAAAGCAGCGGACAAGAGCCAAGACCCUGUGCUGAAGGAGGCAGCUGAGACAAAGCCUGAAGAGAAAGCAGCGGACAAGAGCCAAGACCCUGCCCUGAAGGAGGCAGCUCAGACAAAACCUGAAGAUAAAGCAGCGGACAAGAGCCAAGACCCUGCCCUGAAGGAGGCAGCUGAGACAAAACCUGAAGAGAAAGCAGCGGACAAGAGCCAAGACCCUGCACUGAAGGAGGCAGCUGAGACAAAACCUGAAGAGAAAGCAGCGGACAAGAGCCAAGACCCUGCCCCGAAGGAGGCAGCUGAGACAAAACCUGAAGAGAAAGCAGCGGACAAGAGCAAAGACCCUGCCCUGAAGGAGGCAGCUCAGACAAAACCUGAAGAGAAAGCAGCGGACAAGAGCCAAGACCCUGUGCUGAAGGAGGCAGCUGAGACAAAGCCUGAAGAGAAAGCAGCGGACAAGAGCCAAGACCCUGCCCUGAAGGAGGCAGCUCAGACAAAACCUGAAGAUAAAGCAGCGGACAAGAGCCAAGACCCUGCCCUGAAGGAGGCAGCUGAGACAAAACCUGAAGAGAAAGCAGCGGACAAGAGCCAAGACCCUAUGCUGAAGGAGGCAGCUGAGACAAAGCCUGAAGAGAAAGCAGCGGACAAGAGCAAAGACCCUGCCCUGAAGGAGGCAGCUGAGACAAAACCAGAAGAGAAAGCAGUAGACAAAAGCCAAGCUCUUGCGCUCAAGGACACAGAUGCAAAAUCGCAGGGAGUCGGCGUGAAAAAAGGCCCAGCUGGUCGGACCGCACGGCGCCAGCAGGCUGCGACUCGAAAAGUGAUGCUGCAGGGUGACUAUGCCAAGUUCAAUGAAUUUGUUUUGGACCGGCUGGGCAAAGCAAACCCCGACGGUUCCAUUUUCUCGGACUUCAUCAGGGUGUAUCAAGAAGAGCGCUACCGAAAGCGGCAGAGGGGACUUCGGGACAGGCUGAAGCGCAAGAACGUCCGCAAGUCUUUUGGAACGCUGAACCGGGGUUACGAGGAACCAGAGGAGGAGUAUGAAGCCGAGGAAGAAGAGUUUAAAGAUGAAUGGCGCGAAAAAUCGAUCUUGGAGGAUUAUUGGAAAGCCGAGAAGUAUCACGAGCUUCAUCAGAGGCUUCGAAAGGACUUGCCAGAGCGCGAGCAGCUGGCAGCGGAGCGCACGGAUCGCGUGGCAGAUGUCUUGCGGAGCGCCUUCUGCAAAGAGUAUGCCGACCAACAUCGCCCGGUGCUCACGCACGAAUUGGCAGAUUACGAGAAUCCCUACAUGCUGAAGAGGAGCGCCAUGGAACGCCUGCUGCACGAGCGCUGCGUGCGGAAUCAGCUGGAUGAGCGCGUGAUGCCGCGCCUGUUGGAUCAGCAUCCGGAAUUAGUGAAGCUCCGGCGCCAGGCCGCUCUGCCUCCGGAGACGCUGGAGCCGCUGGCGGCCUUCCGCGGGGACGUGCGCUGGCACUUCGACGCGCGCGAACGGCUGGAGCAGAAACUCCAAGGAGUGGAUCAGGUGCUUCAAGUGAUAGUGGAGAACGAGAAUGCGAAUGUGGAUCAACUGCGUGCCGCACUGCCGGAGAAACGGGCCGAAAAUCCUCCAGAGAAUCAACUGGAGGGCGUAAGGCAUCCCUGGCGAAACCACUUGGGAUUUGAAUCGGCGGUGCCUCGUGGGGUGGCUGGUGGCACCAAGUUUGGCCAGCCAGAGCCAGAGCUUGCCACGCAGUUGGCCAAGAUGCGCUAUCCAACACUGCAGCGGGUGGCGCACACCCUGCCGAAGGAUCCCAAGUACCGUGCGCAUGUGGUGCGCUCCAUUCGGGUGUUGGAACGCUCCAAAGACUGGGAUUUCCAAUCGAAAUUGGACGCCAUCAACCGUAUGAAGGAAAUCUAUGACACCAUGAAAGACAGCCAGGAAUACAUGUCCGGACUGGACGAAAAGCUGGUUGUCAACCGAGUGCCCAGCCACAUCAAGCGCAAAUACGCCAAAGAUGUGCAGUACGUGAAACAUUACCCAAAGAUGUGGUACAAAAACAAGAGCUUCUUUCGGUACAGGCCGAGUCUUACAGCUACAGCACCCUUGGGGAAGAAGAAAAAGUGAGCCUCACCUGGGCUUCGUUAAACGGUUUCAUGCGCAGAGAAAAUCGAAGUUGUCAGCAAAAAUGGUGAGGUAAUGUGAG